AUGCUUUACGUUAAUGUUAAUUAUCGUGAUAUAUAUCAGAAUAAAAAAUUGUAUUAUUGUUACGUAAAGACUUUCAAUAGUGAGCAUAGAACAAGAUUAUAAAGCACUCCGCAGAUUUUUUCAAAAUAGUUAUCAUUUACGUAGAUUCGUAACUGUUCUAAUGUAUAGUAUCGCUGCUUCAAAACUUUGUCAUAUUAUUACAAUCUUAAAUCGUCAACAAUUUCUUUCUAAAUAUCGGACAACAUUUUUCCCCGUUACGUAUUGUAUAUCAUACUAUGCUACAGUUUCCAUAAUUAUGACUUCUAAAUGCUUUAAAGGAUGCCAAGAUCAUUACAAUGGCGUAACUAUCGAUUCAAAUGAAGAAUCUUGUAAUGCCGAAGCAUUUGCACGUCUUCUUACAAUAUCUUUACAGCAAUGGAUAAAAGAAAAAAGGCGUACAAUAUGGUUUCGUGUACAUUUACCACAUACAGAAUGGGUACCUAUACUUGUAAAAGAAGGAUUUAAGUUUCAUCAUGCAAAGCCAGAAUAUGUUAUGCUCUAUCGAUGGCUAGUUGAAGAUGAAGAAUGCAAUGUUCCACAUUAUGCUCAUACUAAUUUGGGAAUUGGUGCAUUUGUUUAUAAUGAAAAAACCAAUGAAAUGUUAGUAGUUAAAGAGAAAUAUGCAGACAAAGCACGUUGGAAACUGCCAGGUGGUUACGUAGAACCAGGUGAAGAUCUGGAAGAAGCAGUAAAAAGGGAAGUUUUAGAAGAAACUGGUAUUCACACUACUUUUAGAUGUCUAUUAACUUUCAGACAUACCCAUAAUCAUGCAUUUAAUUGUUCUGAUAUAUAUGUAAUAGCUUAUUUGUCUCCUAUUGAUAAUGAAAUUAAAAAAUGUGUAAGAGAAAUUGCUGAUUGUCAAUGGAUGAAGAUACAUGAAUAUCUAGAACAUUCAGAAGUUCAUGAUAAUAAUAAAAUGGUUGCAAGAAAAAUGUUAGAAUUCUUGGAACAUAGAAUGGGAAUUACUGUAGAAUAUGGAGAACACCCUAUUUUUAAAAAACCUAUUGCUAUGUAUAGUAUAUCUAAGAUAUAAUAUAGUAGGAUUUUUAAUAA